AUGGCGAAGAACAAGCGAAGGGGCGGUCGCAGGCACAAGAAGAAGGACGAGGAGGGGCUUCUCGCGGCCGAGGGCGACGCCGAGCCGCAAGACGCUCAGGAGCUGGGCGAGGUCGACGGCGAGGCGGAAGAAGAAGAACCUGCUGAAGAGGAGGCGCGCGCGGGUGAGCCUCAGGCUGCACCCGAAGGUGGAGAGCGUCCCGGCGGUGAGGACGCCUUUUCCGCCUCCCGCGGCCGCCCUGCGCCGCGACUCUUCCAAGAGAGAAGACGCGAAGGCGAGGGCCUCCGCCGAGGCGGAAAAGGCGCGGUGGACGGAUACCUCGAGUACCUCAGCCACGUCAAGGAAGUCAUCGACUCCAAGGCCUUCAAGUCCCCAGAGGAGUGGGAGGCCUUCGUGGCGGCCACGGCGGAGGAAGUCGCGAGCAAGACUCCGCUGGUGCUGACCGACCAGCGCUGCAGCAAAAUUAUUGAGAAGAUUCUCGGUCUCCUCGCGAGCUUUCUGCUGCCUGCGGCGGCGACGGGCGAAGAGAAGCGCCACCGCGAGCUUCGGGUCGUCGAGGCCUUUCUGCUUCUCCUGCGGAAAAUCUCCGGAAUGGCAGGUCAACUGGCAGUCCACGCGAACGGCUCGCACGUGCUGCAGACGCUCCUGGGCGGUCUUCCCUGCGUCAUCGACGCCGAGCGCCGCCUCAAGCAAGAAGGCGACGAGGAGAAAGCUGCGCAAUCUGUUGAGGAUCUCAGUCUUUACUGUCUGCAUUCUGUCGAGUCGGAGAACGGAGGCUGGGUGUCUCUGAUGAGCCACAGCAGCGGCUCGCACGUCUUCCGCGCUGUCGUACGCGCGGCUGCGGGAAUCUACUCCCUGCCCUCUGUCGAGGAGCUCGGCCGUCGCAAGCCGCGGAAGACGCGCCACGAGUCCGUAGAGUCGCUGCCGGUUCUCGCGCUGGCCUCUGCGGAAGUCAAAGACACAAACUCUGCGCUCCUCUUCCCUGCCUCUCCGUCGCUGCAGGCGCUGCUGAAAAUCAUUUCCAAGGAAGUCUGCGCCGCUCUCUCCGCCGAUCCCUAUUCGCUCCUCUUCGAUGCCUACGCGUCGCCCGCGCUGCAGCUCCUCCUGCAAGUCACAACCCAAGCACCGCAGCUGCAGAAAGCGCGAAGGCGACUGCUCACUGCUAUUUUCCGACUUGAUGCGACAGAGGAGAGUCGGCGCGCCGAGAUGAUUCAACUCGCAGAUGCGCUGGUGGAGAGUCCGACCGGGAGCCGCGUGCUGGAGGUCGCUGCGCCGCUUCUCAGCCCAGAAGAGUUUCAGGUUUUCUUCUCAACCUGGGUGCUCAAGCGCGCUGACAGCCUCGCGCAAGGCCGCUUUGGCAACUUCGUGCUGCAGAAGCUCCUCGCGUCGCCCCUUCUGCAGGCGGUCCACGUGCGCCAGCUCGUCAGCGCGCUAGACUUCCAAGGUUGCCUGGGCGCCGGAACGCCCGCAGUCCUUUGGCGCCUCUCAGAGGCCUGUCGCCGCGUGCGAGACUGCCAGAGCGCGUUCACGAAGCGGCUGUUCGCGGCGCUGCGCCUCGCGCAGAAUCCGCAGCAUAUUUCGUUCGCCUGGUUCGCGCUUCUGGCGCUCAGGCCCCCCGAGGACCUCCCGGCUUCGUUCUGUCCAUUCGCGAAGGCCGACGACGCCGACGAGGGCGAGGCGGCGGAGAAGAAGCAGCCGUCGCUGCGGCACUUGACCGAGAUGCUAACCCCCACCGGCGUGUCCAUUCUCCUCAAUCUGCUGCGCUUCGAGCCGGCCGCCAUUCAGCCGCUCGUCGCGGGAUUCAAGAAAUUUCUCAAAAUCCUGAAAAAGACCACCGUCGCCGUCAGACAGUGGCGCGGCAAGGACCUGCCGCCGCUCUGGGAGCAACGGCCGGUGCUGCUGCGUCUGGCGUGCGACGCGCAAGGCUCGCGGCUGCUGGAGGGCGUGGCGCGGACGGUGACACGUCGCGCUGCUGCGAAGGAGACAGGCGCUUCGAAGCGCAGUGCCGAGGAGACUGGCGACGCCGAGAAAUCCGAUCUCUUCCCGCCGCAAGCAAUCCAGCAGCUCCUGCGGGCGUUCAGCGGCAGCUACGCGCCUGCCGCGCUCCACGCGACUGGCGGCUUCGUCGUGACGACUUUCUACGAUAUCGCAACCGUUGACAUGAAGCGACGCAUCGUGAAGGAGCUCCUGGAGGUUGAGGACGAACUGCGAGAGAAGAACUACACGGCCUACGUCAAGUGUGAAAUUUACAAAUUCAAACGGGAUGAAGACAGCUGGGCAAUGCGGCAGGAAAAGAAGAGCAAGACACGAGAAAUCUUCAAGGAUCUCUUGGCAGAAGACGAAGAGGCCGCAGCCGCGCAGACGAACCUGACUGCGGAGGAAGAGGAGGAAAAGCAGAAGGAAAAAAAAAGACAGGAAAAACUCGCCGCUGCAGACCACGCUGCAUGGGCGUUCAUCGAAGGCGACUCGGUCGCGAAGCAGCUCCUGGGCACAGGCAACGGCAAGAAGGAGAAGCGCGAGAAGAAGAAGGGGAAGCGGGCUUCUGGAGCGGGCAGCGACGAUGAAUCCGGCCUCCUCGCGGAAGGAGGCGUCGCAGACGAGGCAACGCAAGCGAUCGAUGAGCUCUUCGGCGGAAGCGAGCGUAGCACGAAGAAGAGACACCAGAGCGCGCGGAAGAAAGCAGACAGCGCCGUCGAGGAAAGCAGCGAGGCUGCGCCAGACGCCGCGGAGGGUGCCCCGCGGAGAGAGAAGAAGCGAGACGAAAAGGGAGACGCAGAAGAGAGCGGAGAAGCCGCGCAAGCCGACAAGGCGCUUGAAGCGGCUUUGUUCUUCAUCGAGGGCACCCGCAAGGACCUCAGCAAGAGGCAGCUGGCGAAGCGGAGAAAAUUGGAGGCCUCAAAGCUCGCUACUGCCUGCGCCUCUCUGCCUGUCCACUAA